AUGCCCAGCUACUCAACUCCCUCCUCCUCGCCUCCUCCGACUCCCGGCCGCCGGCGACGACAGUCAUGCGCCCAAAGAUGCGAGCGUGGCUGUUGCACGGUAGCCACGUACUUCCCGCUUGCAUUUGUCUACAGCAUCACAACCUGGGCCGUGUGGGUGGUGGCGUCCAUAGGCUUCGGUAGCCACCGGUCAAAACAUGUGUGGUGGCUCAUACAGGCCAUCUCGCUUCUGGGGGUCACACUCUACUGUCUGGCCAACUGGUCAUACACGGUCGCGGCGUUUACCGAUCCAGGCUCGCCGCUGAAACCGCCGGCAGAGGCCUCAUCGAAAGGACGCGGUCGAUACUCGGUGCUCCCAACGCACGAACCGGCCGCCGACCCCAGCCAGUAUCAGGCCGUGACCGUCUCCUCGACGGGGGCACCCCGUUUCUGCAAGAAGUGCCAUGUGUCCAAACCGGACCGGACACACCACUGCUCGACAUGCAAGAGAUGCGUGCUGAAGAUGGACCAUCAUUGUCCCUGGCUCUCCACCUGUCUGGGGCUCCACAACUACAAGGCCUUUGUGCUCUUCUUGAUAUACACGUCACUGUUCUGUUGGGUAUGUUUUGCCAACGCGGCGUGGUGGAUGUGGAAGGAACUGUUUGAGCAGAGCGGCUACUUGGACGAGAUCGCGCCCGUCAACAUCAUCCUGCUGUCCGUCAUUGCCGGCAUCAUCGGGCUGGUCUUGACGGCCUUUACCGGAUGGCACAUCUACCUCUGCUGGAAAGGGCAGACGACGAUCGAAAAGCUGGAGAAGACGCGAUACCUCAGCGGCGUCAGAGCGCAGGUCGAACGAAAUCGCCAGGACCAGCAAUUGAACCAUCGCCGAGAGGGCUCCGAGGGGGUUGCUGGGCGAUUGCAGCGCGCGGGCGAGCAAUUCCUCGAAUGGAAUGCCAAUGCCGUUCCAGGUGCGUCGCGUUAUGAGGAAGGCGAAGAACAUACCUCGCCAGUUCCGAGCGUGUAUGACUCCAACAGCCGCCAUUUCCCCCGGCCACAACAUCCCGACCCGUCUGGCGACACGCCCGCCCUCCGCGCCCUACGGAGAACAUACUCCCACUUGGAAGCCGAGCGCGAGCGCGACCGUUACGCGGAGUACCUUGACGACAAAGACUCCGAGGACAUGCCUAAUGCGUUUGACCUGGGCUGGCGUCGGAAUCUCAACCAUCUCUUCGGCCCCAAUCCGCUGCUCUGGGCCCUGCCUAUCUGCAACACCACAGGCGAUGGCUGGCGUUGGGAGGUGAGUCCCAAGUGGAUGGCGGCGCAGGAGGAGAUUGCGAAGAGGAAAGACCGCCGGUUGGCCGCCAUGAUGGACCAGGGUCGAAAUGAGAGCGCGAAUGGCCAUGCCGGCUACGAGCAGGACAGAGAUCGGAGGUCGCAAUACCAAUACGGCUAUGACGGACAAGAAGAGACCCAGCACCAGCAUCAGCAGCACCAACCGGGUUCUCACGCCGACGUAUACUCCCGCAGCGCUGUGUCCAUGAAACACCUUCCCCCACAUGGUUUGGGAUCUACAUCCUCAUCAGAUCGGAGCAGAAGACGGCAGAGACGCGACUUUGACCGCGCCGAGCCGUUUGAAGUUAGUAGCAGUGAGAAUGACGAUGACGAUGACGAAGACGACGACACAGAUUCCGAUGUUGGAUAUAAUGACAAUGACGCGGAACGGGGCUGGGCCAGGCGAAAUCGUGCACUCCGAUGA